AGCAGUCAGAUGAGUCGGGAUAUGGCGUCGCUGCACCGACACAGGAUGAAUUUUCACCUCUCCGUGGGAAUUUACAAGUCGCGCGCCGGGACAUCGCUUGCUUUUUGCCGCCGUUAAAAGGGAUCACACAUGGCGAUGGAGGACGAGGACAAUAACGCGGAGGUCGCUGCGACCAACGUCCGAACGGGCAUCAAGAGAGGAGGUGAUGUCGGAGAUAACGGGGCUUGCAUAGACAGGCAGCCGGACACGGUGGUCCACCAGGCGGGGCUGAAUCAGACUGCGGGUCGCGGCAGCCGCAGUGGUCCCGGAGCUCACGCUGCGACGGGGAUCCGAGUGCUAAAGCAGCGCAACAUGAAGCGGAACGGGAGUCGAAGCUGCAUGACGAGAAAAACCAGGUUUGGAUCACGAGAGCGAGACUGGCUGAAAGGGGACACCCAGCGGGGCUGUGUGUGUCUGUAUGGGGGAACAGUAGACCCUCAGCCACCUGCCUCUGGCACACAGGCCUCCUCCACACCUCAGACAGACCUGCAGUUGGUGCUCUGCUCCACCAGUACCACGGUGGAGGAGCUGUGCGCUCAGAAGGACGGACACGCACUUUACGUUCAACUGCACGGAGACCUAGUGAGGAGGCUGGAUCCCUCUGAGCAUCCGCUCCAGAUGGUAUAUGACUACUUGGCGUCGAUGGGCUAUGCAGACCCUGUACGAGUGCAGCAAGAAGCCGCCAACUCAGACCUCAGCUGUUUGAUCCGUUUCUACAGUGAGCGUCCAGUGAAUGCGGACCAGCAGGAGCGGACCUUGCUGAAAGGCGUGUUCAGCGUCAGGAAGGGCAAAACUCAGCUGCACAAGUGGGCCGAGCGGCAGGUUAUUCUCUGUGGCACCUGUUUGAUCGUGGCCUCUGUGAAAGACAGCCUCACCGGGAAGAUGCACAUCCUGCCCCUGGUGGGGGGAAAGGUGGAGGAGGUGAAGCGGAGGCAGCACUGUCUGAUGUUCAGCUCAGCCGGGUCUCAGGCCCAGACAUACUUUGUCAACUUUGACACACUUGCAGACUAUCAGCGAUGGCACCGGCAGGCGUCAAAAGUGGUGUCUCAGACGGUAAGCCUAGUGGACUUGUCCUGUUACAGUCUGGAAGCAGUGCCUGAAUAUCUGUUUUACAGUCAGGACAUUACCCAUCUCAACUUGCGACACAACUUCAUGAGCCUGCAGGGACCUGGAGGCCUGCUCAACCUCCCCAGGUUUUCUCAGCUGAAGAGCCUGAACUUAUCUCAUAACCGUCUGGGUGUGUUCCCCGAGUGUGUGUGCGAGAUCCUCACCCUAACUGAACUCAACCUCUCCUGUAACAGUCUCCACGCCAUCCCUGUACAGAUAGGCAACCUUCAAAGCCUGCAGACGCUGUCUUUGGAUGGAAACCACCUCAGCUCCCUGCCUGAUGAGAUGGGUGGCCUGUUUCAGCUCAACAGCCUGGGGCUUUCCUUUAACAGCUUCUCUCACGUCCCUGCUGUGCUGGAGAGAUUGAGUGCAGUUGACAAGCUGGCUAUGGCUGGGAACAGAGUGGAGAGUCUGGAUUUGUGCACUCUGGUCAGAAUGAGCCACCUGAAAAACAUUGACCUCCGGCUGAAUGGAUUGCGGUGGGUGAAAAGUGAGAAUCUAGAGGUAGUGAGCCAGGUGACCCAGCUGGACUUGCGGGACAACUGCUUAGAAUCGCUAGACCUCAGCUCUGUGUGCAACCUGGAGACUCUGCACUGCCAACGCAACCAGCUGGGGACACUCACACUCAGCGGUUUCACACUGCGCAUGCUUCAUGCCAGCAGCAACCGCCUUACAACAGUCAACAUCUAUCCAGUCCCUAACCAGCUGACGCACAUGGACCUAUCACAGAACCUCUUGGAGUAUCUUCCAGACUGGGUGUGUGACUGCAGAAAAAUUGAGAUGCUGGACAUUACACGUAACCUCCUGUCGGAGCUUCCUUCCAGCAGACUGCUUAACAGCUUGAGUUUGAGGAAGCUGCUGACGGGGUACAAUCGCUUGCAAAGAGUGCCUGAACUCCUUGACCAUGUCCCUCUGGAAGCCCUGGACCUCCAGCACAACAUGCUAGCUGAGCUUCCAGAGAGUCUGUUUCUGAAGGCCUUAAACCUGAACUACUUAAACGUGUCAGCCAAUGCCUUGGAAAGCAUUCCGCCGAGCAGCCAAUCAGAGGAGAGCCUGAGCACACUCCAGGAGCUCUACCUGACGGGGAACAACCUGAGCGAGAACUGCGGCGCUCUGCUGGUCGGACACCAGAACCUGCGGAUCCUCCACAUUGCCUACAACCAGUUACUCUCAUUCCCUGCCAGUAAGCUAAGUAAGCUGGAACUGCUGGAGGAGCUAAAUUUAAGCGGCAACAAUCUAAAAACAAUACCCUCCACUGUGUCCAGCUGUAAGAGACUGCACACCCUCAUAGCACACUCGAACCACAUCAGCGUCUUCCCAGAGAUCCUCAACCUCCCCGAGAUCAAGCUUGUCGAUCUAAGCUGCAAUGAGCUCACUGAGAUCCAGCUGCCCGAUUCCCUGCCUGCCACUUUACAAGAGCUGGACCUGACAGGCAACAGCAGCCUGAUGCUGGAACACAAAACCCUCAAUCUCUUCAGCCACAUCACCACCCUGAAAUUAGACCAGAAAUCUACCACAACAGCAGGAGACUCUCUGAGCGCCUCCACUCCUUGGAAGCAUGGUUACUCUGAAAUGAGCGGGCAAAGGAACAAGUUGUGUGUGUCUGUGCUGGCUGUAGACCACUUCAGAGACAGCGUGGAAGCAUGCUAUGGUAUCUUUGAUGGAGACCGCAAUGAGGAAGUGCCUCGCCUGUUGCAGUGCACUAUGGGAGACGUGCUGUGCGAGGAGCUGCAGCACUCUAGUGUUGACAGUGUGUAUAUGUGCAACACUUUCCUCACCUCACACAGGAAACUUGGUAUGGCCGGUCAGAAGCUGGGUGCAUCUGGCCUGCUGUGUUAUAUCCACCGUGAGACUUCAGAUCCAGGAGCAUCCUUUAGCCUUACUGUGGCCAAUGUGGGUACCUGCCAAGCCGUGCUGUGCCGAAAUGGACAACCUGUACCUCUCUCUAAGGUUUAUAGUUUGGAGAACUGCACUGAGGAAAUGGAGCGGGUUAAAGUCAGUAAAGCCAUUAUUACAGAGGAUAACAAAGUGAGUGGAGUGACAUGCUGCUCUCGCCUGUUGGGCUGCUCUUAUCUGUCUCCCUGGGUGCUUCCAAAGCCCUGGGUGCGCACUGAGCCGCUUUGUUCCCAGGAUGAGUUCUUGAUCCUGGGGAAUCGAGCCCUGUUUGAGCGAGUUUCCUACCAGGAGGCUGUGUGCACCGUGCAGGCUGUCCGGGAUCCCCGUGCUGCUGCUAAGAAGUUGUGUUCACUUGCCCAAAGUUACGGCUGCAAGGACAACAUCGGCGCUGUCGUGGUGUCCCUGCACAUUGGUGAGGACAGCUGCACAUGUGAGCCGCCAGUCACCACCACCGAGCCACGGGGCCCUGCUCCUGCUCCCGUUCCUGCGUCUGUUAUCCCGGGCCCUAGCGACCCAGCCACCAACCUCUCCUCCAGCAGUGGCAUUGUCACUGAGUUCAGCAGUGAGACGUCAGCUUCAGAGAUCGGCAGCGAAGCGGGAUCCACCGCUUCAGAUGAACACCCAUCCUCUGGCACUGUGACCCGCCCAGAGAGACGCUGUAGCCUACACCCCGCUACCACACUGUGCGGCAUCAUGGUGCCAGGCUCAGGUGGGACCGGACCCCACCCAGGUCUAUUCCAGCAGCAGCCAUCCAGCACCACAUUCUCAAGUAACCAGUCGGACAAUGGCUUGGACAGUGAUGAUGAAGCUCCACUCGAGGGUGUCAUCUCCAAUGGCAGCAAAUUAGAAGUGGAAGUAGACAUUCACUGUUGUGCUUUUCAGCUGCGGUCGGGGCCCCAUGAGAGCCCCAAAGACUUGGACUUUGAAAAACGAGGCUUUGACCAUCCCGGUGGUAAAAUGCGCAGACAGAACAGCGUGGUGGUUUCUGCUACAAACGGCUGCCUGCUUGCUGUAUGUGGGAGAGAGAUUGCUGACCUUAAGAAAUCUCCCUCCACAUCCAGCCUGUUUGGGAAGAAGUUGUCCAAUGGUUCUGUGGUAGCCCCCGAAGACAGUCACAACCUAAUUGAGGUUGCCCUAGAGGCUCCCAAGAAAAAGUCUGGCUAUUUCACAGCUCCAGCACAGCAGGACCCAGAGGACCAGCUGAUUGUGCCUCCUAGUCUAGAGCAGGAAGUCAGGGAGCAGCUACGAGGCCAGAGCCCUCUAGUCUCAGGCCCCUCUGCACCAACCACACCCUCCUCCUUAAAAGAUCCGGUGUGGGAUCAUCCACACCCCCCAGCAUUUCCAUCCAGCCUGGUUCCAGGUCCAGGCCCGACUCCUAUCCUACAACAGGAGGUUUAUGAUACCGCCCUCUAAGGGGGAGGAUUUCUGUGAUUGUGCCAUUCUGGGACUGAAGAGUUUUCUCAUACACGAGGGAAAGUCCAGUUAAAGUUGCCAUUCAGAUACUUUGUGAGAACAAGACAAACCUGUGGCAUCUUAAUGGUCACUAAAUGAUGCCUUUUAACGUGAGGUCAAAAAAAGUGUACGGUCUGAGUAUCUGAGAGAACAAAGGCAAAUAAAAAGAAAAAAAAUUCAGUUUGUAACAGAACAUUGUGAAACAGAAAGCUGGCUGUAUUAGACAAAGAACAAGCCUGACCUGAAAUUGGAUACCUCGAGUGUUUGAACUCGUCAGCAGCAUUUCCCUUUACUUGGAAAGCAAAGCAAUCUGGAGGGUGUGCAAGAGAUGUCAGAUCUUUUCUCCAGGAGCUCUGUUGUCUCUCAGAUCCUGGAGGGAAGUACUAUGACGGAAACAUGAAAAAGUGCCUACUACAGAAGACACAGCCUAGAGGUCCCUACAUCCUGGCUGUGUUUCAGAGACGUGAGUUUGAUAGUUGAAUUUGCAGGAUGGAUAGUGUCUCUAAGAGACCAGGACUGGCACAGCUUCGGCUCUCCUCCUCCUCCUCCACCUGUGGCUUACGAAGGAAAUCAGAGAGUCUUAAUGCUUCUAAUACACACAGAUCUGAAAACAACAUAACUGCAUUUUCAUUGUGUCUGUUUUUUAGUUAGCAUUUCCACACGAUAUAUAAAGAAUUGUCUAUCACUCCUACAUGGUAAAGUACAAACUCACAUCUAGCGGGUGGCCGAUGUGAUGUGCUUACACUGCUGACAUUAAGACUGAAUAUUUUUUCUAUGUAGAGCAAUGCAAUAUCAAAGUCAUUUAGUUGUAAAGCAAGAGGCAAUUAGUAGAGGUUAACAACUGUUACUGCAGUAUAUUCUGUGACAGUGCAUUAUAAAAUGAGCUCCUUAAAACAUUCAUAGGAAGAUAAAAGAUUCAUUUGAAUUUAGUCAGUUUUAUGGUCACUGGAUAGUGGACUGGACAAAUGAGCUAAGACACAAAACUGAAGUAUUACAUAUUGUAAGGCCAAGAGAUAUAAAAUCAGGAUUUGUACUGCAUGUGUGAAAAUAUCCCCUCUGGUACUUACAUUUUAGUAUAUUUGAAUUUUGGAGGCUGCUUCUGCUUCUGCUUUUUAAAAUUUGACAACAUCAGUCCAUCCUGUCCCUUGAGGCAGAUUUCAUUAUUCGUUUUUACUUUGCAAAAUGUUUUAAAUCUUACCUCUAUAAUGCACUACUCAUACAUCCAGGUGAGGUUUGGCAUGUGGUGUUUAGACCCUUAAGAGAACUGAAACCCUAUUCUCUUGCAUUUUUUUCAGUCAUUUAUUAUACAUCAUGGAUAUGUGUGCAACUGACAAAAACAAAAUGCAGGAAGGACUGCCUUAUCACCGUGUUAUCUGAAAAACUACAUUAAAAGCAUUGCCAUAUCAUUUAAUUAGCUUUCUGGGUAGAAUAAAUUGACUUUCCCGAAUCAAAUUGGUGAAGGAACAAGUUACAGCACCUGUAUGUUUUACUAAAAACAUAAAAACAUUGAGAUUUGCUGCCUGUGUAUUGAUAACAUAUCACAAAAGAAAGAGCUUGAUGUAGCUUUCAUUUUUACUUGGGCACAUUUAUGUCCACACGCCUUUGUAAUCAUAUGGCUACUUUAGUUGUGGCUACACACAGUUAAUGUACAAAUAGUAUGAGUGUCGCAGCAGUAUAAGGUGCCCAAAUAAGAACGCACUAUUUCAGUCCCUUCCAUUAAGAAUAAGUACAACCACUGGACACUUUGUUAGGUACACCUAUUCAGCUGUUCAUUAACAAAAAUAUCUAACUAGCCAAUCACAUGGCAGCAACUCAAAGCAUUUAGAUGUGUAGACCUUAUCAAGACGACCUGCUUAAGUUUAAAGCGAGCAUCAGAAUCGGGGAAGAAAGGUCAUUUCAGUGACUUUAAAUGCAGUGUUGCUGCAGACUUCUUUGAGCUGAUAGGUAAACAGCAGUACCUCAAAUAACCACUGAUUACAGCCAACAUAUGCAGAAGAGCACCUCUGAAUGCAUGACACAUUGAACCUUUAAGAAGAUCCGCCUUGGGUGACAUUACUGUGAGCUAAGAACAAGUUGUGUUAGCUCCCCAAACAUGCACAACAAAAGAUGGGAAAACUUGUUGCCUUGUUUGAUGAGUCUUGAUUUCUGUGGCAACAUUCAAGUGGGAGUGUCAGAAUUUGAUGUAAACAACAUGAAAGGAUGGGUUCAUCCUGCCUUAGUAGUUCAGGCUACUGCUGGUGGUGUAAGGGUGUGGGAGGUAUUAUUUCUCCAUAGUUAAUACCCAUGGAGAUUUGUUUAAACACCACAGUCUACCUGAGUCUUGUUGCUGACCAUGUCCAACCCUUUAUGAGCACAUUGGACAAAUCUUCUGAUGGCUGCUUUCAGAAAGAUAACGUCAAUUCAUUCAAACUGGUUUCUUGAACAUGUCAAUGAGUUACUUUACUCAAAUGGCCUCCACAGUCACCAGAUCUCAAUCUAAUCGAGCAGCUUUGGGAUGUGGUGAACAGGAGGUUCACAUCAUGUGCGCUUGACAAAUCUGCAGCUACUGUAUGAUGCUAUCAUGCUAACGUGGAGCAAGAUCUCUGAGGAAUGUUUCAAGCACCUUGCUGAAUCUAUACUUUGAAGAAUUAAGGCAGUUCUGAAUGCAAAAGGGGGUCUAACUCAAUGUUAGCAAAGUGUACCUAAUAAGGUGGCCAGUGAGUAUUCUUUUUUUUUUCACAAUGCUUCAGCAGUGCACAUCAUCCAUGUUUUUUUAAAUAUAUAGUCAACUGUAUUGUCAUAUAUAUGACAGAAAAAUACAUUAUUGUUUAAACUGUCAGUUAUAUGUUAUGCAGCCUUGGAAACCUCACAUUGUCCAGUCCUAAACCUCCCCGCAUUGUGCCAAAAGAGGAAGCAACUCUGCAGAGCUGCUGUGGCUAAGAGAAGGCCAAAGUUGGGUAAUUGCUCUUGUCAGUGACACAGUGACAUAGAUUUUAAUUUUUUUGGUUACCACGACAUGUUGGAAGGAAUUACACAGCCAUUGUACAUCCAGACCUUUCAGUGUUCUCUUUUAGCCUUAAUGUAACACUACUCAGUAUUUUGAAGCGAGGAGCCUUUUGUUUCUUUCCGUUGAUGUUCUGUCUGUGAAUGAGGUCUUUGGCUCUAUGUGAAUGAGUGAGAAGUCAGUGAUGAUGCCUUAAAUGCUGUGUGGGUAUGAAUUCCUCCUUGUUUUAUUGCGUUUCAUCUCCUGAAAAGAAUAUACACUGUCAAAAGCACCUUGUACAUAGAAUAUAAUAGUAAUAUCAAGAGUUAUGUAUAUUUAAUUUUAUUAUAUAAUUUUUUUAGCAUAGUGUUCUGAGGUUAUUGUGGCUUCCCUCAGCCAAGUGCAUUAUCUUUUGUCUAUGAGGACACUGACAAUAUAGUUAAUUUACAAUAUUUUUAAGUCUCAUUAACAUCACAAAGAUAUUUUUUUCAUUCAAAGUACUUUUGUUUGUCACCACUUAGAGUUUUGUUAGUAACUUAACUUAUAUUUAAAUAUUUCAAAUUAACACCACAAAACUACAUAAACUAACACUAUCUUCCUGCAUUGCUUUUACUCUGUGUAAAUAUAAGUUAAUGAAAAUCAGGACAUACAGUUAUUAUCCACAUGUAAGAGUCUGAGAUCAUAUUUAGAUGCAUCGGUACUGUCCGUAUUCUGCUUUUUCAGAAUUCAAGAACUAAUUUUAACCCCCAAAUGCUUUUUUUUAAAUAUCUAAAAUUACAAAUAGCAAAUCCAGUUUUGUGAUAAAGAUAAUCAUUUUUAUUCCUGUCACUUUAUUGAUCAGUCCUUGCUGGGUCUGACAUGCCAAACACAUUGGACUCUGUGGUUCUGUCUGUGCCUAGACCUCCACAAUUGGAGCCCACACAUAGUGCCACACAUCUGGAUCGCUGGCAGUGGAACACUGACGGGCACUGCAGGUGUAGAUGCCACGUGGGGAGCUAAGCUAGCUUAUGAUUGUGAAUGUUACUGAUACAUAUCUGAAAUGUUAAUGAAGUCUGGAGAGGAGAAACUGAACUUUCUAUAAGGUUUCAUAUCACACAGUGGUAAAAUCCCUUGUAAAAUAUGCAAAGUGUACAUAUAUACCUGUAUAUCAGAGCGUCAAUUUCCCAUCACCUUUAACUAUACGACUCAUGUUUCAAUAUGUCUGAUAAUGAAUAUUGGCUGGUGUGUGUGUAUAAUGUUUGUGGAGGUUGUGUUUGUAAUUUGCAUUGUGUUGCUUUUUUUAUGUCCCUUUGGCACUUUGGCAGUGUGGUUUUAUGAGUUUGCCCCCAGCUGCCAUGUCAGUCUGGGACUGUACUGCAUUGCUAUAUUUAGUGCUCUUUAAACUAACUGGGUCCUUUUGCUUUAUAACAUUUGUACCGUUGUUGUACAUUCAUGCGUUCAGUCUGUCUUUUGGUUGAUACCAUGUAUUCACCCUCUGUCCGGUAUAAUAUACUCACAAAAUAGAAGUACAUUUGGAUAAUGAUCCAUCUGUAAUCGGUGUGCAUGUACAUAAGCAGAUUGUAUGCACAAACAGAGGGAAGAUGGAGGGGUACAUUGCAUUGGCUUAAAAUAUUCCCUUUAAUUCUUUAGUGGAAGGGGCUCGUGAGCUCAAUACUCAUGCAGUUAAAUGCAUUUGUACACAAAGUAGAGGGUAUGUGCAUUUGUUAGGCUGCAGUUUCAGUGUUUUUAUUUUAACCUUCUUCUUUUGUUAACUAUUCGGUAUAAUUUCUCUUUGCACAACAUGACAAGCUCCCUGUGCAUCUGUGUUGCAAAAUGUCUGUGUUUGUGUGUAGAUAAAAGCUUUAGCGCACACAUACUGUAAGUGUAUGCAUGUCUGUGUGAAACAAUGGAUCGACUGUAAUUCUGUGUGAAUAUGGUGAAUGAAACCGAUCAGAGAUGCUCCAUUUGUUUAAAAUGUGACCAAAGUAGCCAUUGUUUAAUCUCACUAUUCCUUUAUGCAUAUUGUUUUCAAGAAAUGCUUGAAUAAUUUUUUUCCUGAAUGCCAAGAAAGCGAUGUUUAUUUUUGUACUUUUUUUUCAUGCAAAUUAAUAUUUCCCUUUUUUGCUACAGAAUUUAAAGUCAUUGGGCUUAUACAGAAAACUGUCACCCAUUAUGGUACUAUUGAUGGUACUAUAACUGUAUUUAUUGUUGAAAGCAUGCUCUAAAUAUAAGGCUACAGGGAAAAAAAACAUAGAAUACAUACAAAAUGUGAUUUAUUUGUACAAAAGGGAGCAUAUCCGAUAUUUUUAGGUUUUUAUUCGAGCAUGCAGAUUACUGCUACAAAUUUAGUUUUUUUUUAAUAAUCAUUAAGAAGAUUAAUUAUUUAGGAAAAGAACUAACAAUGGGCACUUUUGUGGUUUGUCAGAAAGAAUUGUAUAUUCUUGAACACUGAGAGUGGAAGGUGGCUAUUUUAUUUUAAAUGCUGCUAUCAUUAGUUUUCAGCAGACAGGCUGGUUUUUGUUUUGUUUUUAACUUUAAGCCAAGUAGCAAUAAAACUUUUUACUGUGAAUUUUUUUUGUUUUUGUCCAGUGUCAACUUUACUCAUCAUUAUUAAUGGUUAUAUCAACCCAUCCAUCCAUCUUCUUCCACGUAUCCAGUUCAGGGUGUUUAUUUUAACCCAAUAAAAAACAAAAUCACUUUAAAAUUUCUUACAUUCUUAGAAUUAUUAGCAUCCUUGCAUUUUUCAUAUGUAAUCUCACCCCUUAAUCCAUGUCCAAAAGGGCAGGUUAUGCGGUUAUCACUGAUGUGUUGUCCUGUUCAAUACUCAGAUCAAGAAAAUAAAUGAGAAGAAACAGUGA